AGCAGCAGCCGCAUGGGCAAGGACGAGGUCGACGAGAGCGUCUUGGCGGCCAACUUUACGCACCACGUGCAGCAGAUCCUCUCGACGAUCAAGGAGACGAAGGGCCGCAAGUUUGUCGACUUGGGCCCUGGCGACGCUCGCCCCGAGGUGGGCUACUACGGCGGCCUCGGGCAGAAGCUCCAGCGACUCCAUUGCGAGAUGCAGGCGCAGCUCUCACCCACGCUCGUCAUGGAGCUUCUCGUCGGCUUUGGCGACAUGUUCUUUGGUCUGCAAGAAUACACGGUCGCGACCAUCAUGUACGGUCGCGCCAGCAGCCUCUACAGCACCAAGGAGGCGGCGCCGACCUUGUCGGACCGACAGCUGCACGUACGUGCCAUGUAUGCGUCGGCCCUCUGCGUCGUGCGCCAGCUCAACCAGCGCGACCGGUGCGUCAAGUGCCCGUCGACGCUCCGCCGGCUUGGUGACGCGCUCUCGUCGCUCCAGCAGGCGCUCCAGCAUGCGCUCGCGCUGGCCGUCCAUCGCGACGUGGUCGCGGACAAGGCGACGCAUGCCACUUGCCUCGGUCACGUUCUCAACGGCACGAUCCACAUCGUAGGCGUCUGCGCGUCGCUGCAAACGCUUCGCUUUGACGCGGACGUCCUUCCGUACCUCAAGUACUGCAGCCUCGCGCUCGAUAGCCUCCUUCCACUUGGGACGGUGCAGUUUCUCGCGUGGCGCACGUAUAUCUACAUCCAGAUUGCGACGGGCUACAACGCCCUUGCGCUCAAGCACCCAGAGAAGCGCGACGCGCUCUGGAAGUCCGCCCUCGCCGCACUUGACCUCGGACUCAAGCGCGUGCACCGGCUCCGGCAGGAAGAAGAGCUCGAUUUGCCGCUGCCCGAAGCGACCGACGCUGCGUUAAAGACCGCCGAGCGGGACCUUCAGAUCGCAAAGUUUCCAAUCGCGCGCUGCAUCAAAGCACCAAGUGCGCCGCAGCUACUGGUCAGCGUGGCCAAAGCCGAUGUCGAGAGCGCGUUCUCGGACGCGACCGCGCGCGCCCGGGCGAUGCUGCACAGCCUCUCGGUUCCGUCGGCGUCGUCGUCAUGGAUCUACUUUGGCCACUGGAUCAAGCCUACCGAGCCGCCAUCGCCCGUCGUCAUCGCGCCAGCCGACGUCGCGACGAUGCUCCAGGCACUCGAGGGUCUUGCUACGACGCUGUCGAAAGACGAGCACGUUCGCUUGCUCAAGCUCUGCGUGCGCUACAAGCACUGGGACACGUUUGCCGAGGUCUACAGCAGCGUCCACCCGCGGCUCUCGGCCGGUGUCGCCAAGGACGAAGUCGACGUCUUCCACGCCUUCGUGCUCGUGAUGCAGGAUGUGCCGGACGAAAUGUCGGUGACGAACCUCCACGGCGACCACCUCUCGCGCCUCGUGGUCGUCUUGCAGGCCGCUGCACGCAACGACGCGCUCUGCGCACUGCGCCGCGACGUCCUCGCCGAGGUCGUUCUCGCGUUGUGGCACGCGUGCAUCGUCCCGAGCCUCAAAGCGCUCGACGAGAGACUGCCCGGCGAAGAUGUCCCCGUGGCUCUCCAAGAGCUCACAAAGGACGUACUCUUUGCGAUGCACGUGGUCGCGCACGCGAUCGAUCUCGACGACGUCGUGUGGCGCGCGAUUGUCGCGCUGCGCCUCGGACGCCUCCUCGCCGACGUCGGUGACACCCGUCGCGGUAUCCAAGUGCUCCGCGUCGGCCUCGAUCGGAUCAGCGUCGCCCGAAGCGCCUGCGUCGACGUGCAGCUGCACGACGAAGUGACAUCGACGCCCGACGGUCGCCGUAUACUCCAUGGCGCGGCGUACGGAGCGUCGAUCCUUCUCGACGCCGCCUUCCUUCCGUCCAGUACCCCCACCGACGGCGCGCUCUUUCAAAUGCAGCGCCUGAACCGGUUGCUCGCGAGCUUGGAAACCGACAUGACGCUCCUGCUCUAUGAAUGCGAGUACGACGACCUACUCCGCGCGUGCGGGCGCAAGGCGUUCGCGCACCUCGAAGCGCGCCUCGUCGCCGAGUGCAACCGAAAUGACUACCGACGUGGCUUGCUUUUACUGCAAGCCGCCCGACGUCGCGCCAAAGGUCGCGACGAGCAAGAGUCGUGCUUGGCCGACGCGCUCCGUUGCUUCCACGCGCUCCGCGACGAUGAGCUCGACGUACGCCAUGCACCCGAGCCCGAGGCGCCAGCGCCGUCCGUGCACAUGAAGCCACCGGCGCCCCGCCUUGCCUCGCGGGGCGCCACGUUUGUGUCGCUUCGGCUCGCACCCUUUACGCCGCUCAAGAAACGCGUGUCCUAUUACAUGGUGUUUGGGAAAGCCACCGGCGCCGGCACAGACGUCUCGCUCAAUAAUAUGGCGUUCCCCGGCACGGGCAUGGUCGUCGAUGGAUCCGAGUCGCUGGUGACGAUCUCGGGUCUCUUGCCCAACGAGAGCUAUGUGUUUGCUGCCGCAGCCUACGACAGCAAGAAUGCGGUCAUUGAAGGCAUUGGCGCCACGUCGCGUCCCGUCGUAACGCUGCACCCGCUCGUACUGCCUCUGUGCUACGGUCUUUUAGCCCACGUUGCCGAGGACCUCGGACACUUACCGAUCGCACUGCAAGCGGCCAAAGCGGUGUACACCGAGUUUGUCGACGAAGCGCCAGCGCGGAAUCGGUGGCGCGUCAGCCCGCUCUUUUCCCAUGCGCUCAAGCUCGACCGGUCGCUCGACGGCGCACCCCGGGGCGCGAUCGCAGAAUACCCGAUGCAUGUCUUGCAUGUCUUCUUGCGCUGCGUGUUUGUCCUCAUCGGACCCGAAGUCGGCGAGCCGGCCACCGACGGCCGGCUUCCAUGCGCCAGUGGCAGGCGUGUCGUCGUCGAAGAUCAGCUUCACGUUCUCAGCACCAUCAACCGUGCUAUGCUCGCGCUGGAAGUCGCCGCGCUCACAGGCCACCACGAGUACAUGGCCAGCGUGAGCCACCGGCUGUACCGGCUCAUGGUGCCGCUCCUGCAUCUGCCGAGCUCGGGCGGUGCGCUCUUCCAGCCGCUCUGCAUGCUUCUCGAGAGUCUGCAGCUUGUGCCUGAAAAGCAUUGGGACAGCGCGUUGUACGCGACGUACAUGUGUGCGAGCUUUGAGCUGCUCCGCAUGGCGACCGAGAUGGACGAGCUCAAGGCCGUGCACGCGUGCUUGAAGCUCCACGACGAUCGUCUGAGGCAUCUCUAUACGCACGUGCACGCGCCGUUCCGAUCGGCGAACGUCCAAGCCCGCAGCCUCCGCGACAGCAUCUUCUUGAACAGCGAGUGGAUGGCACAGCUCGAGCUCAGCGCGACGACGACGAUCUCGGCGCCGGAUGUCGAGAAGACAAAGGGCAAAGUGACGCCCCGUGACGAAAUGCACAAGGCGUCGUCGGUCGAAGAGGCGCUGCCGGGUCUGGCCAACGUGGUCAAAGCCGCGAACGAGCUACGAACGUUCUUUCUGCACCACAGGGAGUACCUUCCGUAUGUCUGUCGCGUCGUGCGGCUCGGUAUCGACCGCGGGGAGAAGGGCCUCGAGUCGAUCUUGCACGGCGCCAUGUGGUCUUGUAAGCUCGUCCUCUCGUCCGAGGCGAAGCGUACAUUGCAGCAGCUCGACGCCGCCGAGCUCGUGCCCGAGCCACCGACACAAGCACCGGUGGCAGACGCGCCAUCCUCCGCACGUGGUGCGGAUCCCACAGCGACGACCGUCGAGACGACUCCGCAAGACGCGUCUCUAGCGGCGCCACCCGAUGUCGUCGAUGCCGACGUCUACCUUUGGAGCGGCCAAGUGUUUUUCCUGCGUGGCCUGCUGCACGUCGCACCGGCGUCGCCGCACGCUGACGAAGCCACGCUCAACCAUUUGCAAGGGCCCGAGCACGACCUCUCGUGGCUCUACCUCCCGGCGUAUUCCAGCCCUGGCGACCGACCUCGGCACGACGGCGUGCACCAGCUCCUUCUCAACAUGGCGACAGCAACGCAGCUGUUUUACCAUGCACAGGCAUGGCCGAAUCUGCUCGAAGCGGUGCGCGCCAUGUGGAACGGCCUUUGGCUCGCGUGGGUCUCGCCCCUCGAGUUUCAGAACGGCGGCUACGACUGGCAGCCGCUCUUUGUGUGCUGCAUGCGGAGCUGGGACGUCCUCGAGCUCCAUACCUUCAACGUCAUCCACGAUGACGCGGACGUCUUGCAUCGGUCGAUGGACGCUGUCGAUAUCGAACGCCCGGUCGUCGCCACCUCGUCGCAGCUCGCGGCAGCGGCCGACGCGACGCCCGGUCUCGACCUCACGUGGCUCACCAAGGUCACACUCUUUACCCUCCAAGUGCUCUGCCAUGGUCGCGAGUGGCAAAAGCUCGUCGUCCUCGGGAAGCGAGGCCACGUGCUCAGCGGCGGCCAGAGCGCGAUUUCGGAGCUCCUUCUUCCUUGGGUCGUGCACGCCCAAGGGCAGCGCAUAUGUAUCCAAGACGCACGCGUCGAGAGCGCGACGUCGGACCUCGCAGCGUUCAUCAAGGCGUUUGAAGACAGCCAGGCCAAGAAGAAGAAGAAGCGGAGCCGCCUCGUGGUGCACGAGGUCAUUUCCGACGAAGAGCGCGCGUUCCUGACUGCGCGCAGCGUGCACGAAGCGCACCUACGGGACUUGACGGCGGCUCAAACGAUCCUGAAGGACCAUGGGACGCUGCUCCAGUCGUGGCUGGACCUCCUCACGCGCUCGAAAAACAUGUGUCUCCAGGCGCUGGACCGCGCGCAGAAGAACGUCCUUCGGCGCUACGUCCUCGGCGACGACGCGAUCUCCAAGCGCGAGAUCCUCGGCGCCUUGAAAGCCUGCAUUGGCCUCUGUCGUCAGAAGCGCGCGACGCUCCAGCUCACGCUCGCGCUGAUGGAGCAAGGCGACUACCUCUUCGCCGAGCACGAUGUUCCUGGCGCGAUCAAGGCGUGGACCGACGCGAUCGACGCGGUCUUUGGUGCGCUGGACGCGCGCUUGCACUGGCGAACGAUCCUCGCGAAGGCGACGAUGUCGCUGAACGGCGACGGCGCCGUCAUUGCGCUCGUGUGCGUCCAGUUGGUCGGGAAGCUGGCGUGGGCGCUGAGCACCGACGACCUCCACGCGCGCCUCGAGUGCGCGCUGUUGGGCAGUGCCGUCAUCACGACCUUCUUCACUGGGUCGCUUCCGCACCCCGACGCGAGCACACCCGCCGCAUUUGCAUCCUACACGGCCAAAGACCUCGUGUCGUUCUUGCCCGAGCUGCACCUGAAGCUCGCGCACCCGGCGUCCUUGGUGCUGGCCUGCAGCACCUUGCUCGAGACGCUCCUCGUACACCGGCAGUAUAUCCAAGUGCUUCCGAUGGCGUGCGCGCUGGAAGCGAUGGCAACAACGUACCUCCGCGACGCCCGCGGGGUCGUCCAGGCCAAACGCAUGAAGGCCGAGGCGUGCAUCGGCGCAGGCUACAUGCGCGACGCCUGUCGUCUCCUGAGCGACAUUUGCAACAAGCCGCAAGUCGCGUUCGCAUCGUCCAAGAGGCUCGGCGACCCGGACAACGAGCCCGUCCUGCGCUGGCUCUGCGACCUCAGCGUCGAGACGCUCUUGCGAGAGCUCCAAGCCAAAAUUGGGAGCAGCCGCGUCGCCCACCUCGUGCUGCUCACGCUACUUCGCUGGAUCGUGGCCCUCGCGGCCCACGAAGGCGCGUCUGCCCAGGGCACGGCGCUGCGCGCGGCGCUAAACGCUGCCGCCACCACCCUCCAGGCGAGUGUACUCAAGUCGUCGUCACCGCCCUCGGAAGCGCCGCCGCCGAGCGCGCGCAAGGGAGCCGAGCCCCCCGAGCCGGUGGUCCCAUUGGUUCACGACACGGAGCCGCUGCACCUGUGCGACAUCACCAAGGUCGCGUGCGAGUGCGACGUUCUCCUCGCGACCAUCGCGCUGCAAGACGGGUUCGUCGAGGUCGCGCGCACCGCCCUUGUGCGUGGCAUGAAGCUCUACAGCACAACGCCCAAGCUCGAGCGCGACGACGAUCGCUUCUUUGACGGCGUCUCGUCCGAGCUCAACGUGCUCUACUGGCUGGACUGCCGCCUCUUGAGCGUGCGCUGUGAUAUCGCGCAAGGCCACUACGACGAUGCGAUCGCACUGGCCGACGUCGCGCUCGACGAGGCGGCGAGCGCCCACGACCGCGUCUUUACGCGGCAGCUGCGCGCGCUGCGCAUCCAAGCGCAACUGCUGCGCGGCGACAGGGCGCUCGCACUGGCCGACGCGCAGACGUGGGUGACGGACGACGACGCCGGGCUGCCGAGCCUCACGCGCGCCGAAGUGUGCAUCGGGCUGAGCGCCAACCACCGCACGGACGCUAUCGCGAGCCGCUGCGUCGACGAUCACAUUGACGCGCUGCGGAAGAGCGUCGCCGUGCUCAGAACGCGGUGGCGACCACCGACGCACUCUUGGCGCACCAAGGCUGGAUGGGCCUCGCACACACGCGUCAUCGCACGGAGCUUCUCAACCUCUACCUCCCUAAUGUGCCCAUGUUUGUGGUGCUUCAAGCGCUUGUGGUGGCCCGGCAGCUCGACUUGCACCGCGCGUCGCCCGACGACGUGGCCCUGGAGCAUCUCUUGCCUGCCAUUACGAGCGGUCUCGAGGCGCUCGGGCACGUGUGUCAUCCGCCGAGCUACCUCAAGCCACUUUUACUCUUCUUCAGAGGCGCGGUGCUCCGUCGGUUGGCGUCGCCUGGCGCCGUGGACGCGUUCCUGGAAGCGCUCACGCUUUGGAUCAAGGACGGCGGACACCCACGGAGUCUCAUGUACAAUGCGUGCAUGGAGCUUGUUGUUGUGUUUGGCAGCAGACGCUCGGACGCGGACAUGCAGGCCGCGUUCCACUACCUCCAGCUCGCCUGCAAGCUCCAGGACCAGGAGGUGACUUAUGGAACUCGAGUGCGCUCAACGCGACGAGCGCAAGUGGCCUCGGGACGCUCCCAAGCUUUCUGCAGCAAGAAAUCCUUGCGAGCGCGAAAUCCUCGGCAACGGGCGGGAGUGCGCCGACGAUGGAGCAGUUGGGGUACCUCGUCUUGCCCUACUUUAUCUCGAUCGCCCGCGAGCACGACGUGGUAUUUGACGCGCGUCUUAGCAGCCAGCUCCAUCGCGCCCUCGUCUCGCUGCACGCGUUCCUAGCAACCAACCACAGUGGGUACGCCAAGCUCUGUCUGCCAUCCUUGCCGCCCGUGCCGAGAGACGACCCCGAGAUUCCCGGUGGCCUCGUGUGCGUGCAGUGGCUCCAGACGGCGCCGGACAUGGGCGACAUGUACUAUGCACUCGGCACAGCGACGAGUGCUCACGACACGCGGUUCGCAGACGCGCCACUCUUGAGCCGCAAGCACCAAGUGAGCUGGUCGGCGGUGCGGGCGCUCAAGGCCGACAUUUCGCGGCUUCGACACGUGCUCCAGGACAAGGAAGACCGCAUCGGAAAGCCGCAGGCCGCUUUGGACGCGGUGUUGGCGCAGAUUGCGUCGCUCCUUCAACCUCGCGCCCAGGACGACGAUGGCGCGGGUUCAAAUCCGGCUCGGGACCACGCUGUGCCGCAUGCGAUAGCGUGCUCUCUCGACGAUGUGAGUGUGCUCGAGCGCGUCUUUUGCACGUCGCGUGGCAGCAACGUACCGCAUCCCGCGAUCUGCUACUUCUUGCGGCACGUCCUGGCGGCGCCAGACGAGGCACCCGACAAGCCGUGAUCCCUCCUCGGUCAAAAAUCGCAAAAAUCUCAAAAAUCGUACUUUUACUCCA